CUCCGACUUCGGACGUUUUACCCAUCGUUUCUGUGUACUCAUCGUUCGCUGACCGCAAACAUGUCUGGCCGUGGCAAAGGUGGCAAGGCUAAGGGAAAGGCGAAGUCGCGCUCUAAUCGCGCCGGACUGCAAUUCCCCGUUGGACGUAUCCAUAGACUUUUGCGAAAGGGAAAUUAUGCCGAGCGCGUCGGCGCUGGCGCCCCGGUCUAUCUUGCCGCGGUGAUGGAAUACCUCGCUGCUGAGGUAUUGGAGUUGGCAGGAAACGCCGCUCGCGACAACAAGAAGACCAGGAUCAUUCCCAGGCACUUACAGCUUGCCAUACGCAAUGACGAGGAAUUGAACAAACUGCUCUCUGGCGUUACCAUUGCUCAGGGUGGUGUACUGCCGAACAUUCAAGCAGUCUUGCUGCCAAAGAAGACCGAGAAAAAAGCUUAACUGCAGAACAGCAAUUACAAACGGCCCUUUUUAGGGCCAC